AGCUGCUGCAGUGCCAUCUCUAAAACGCUGGCGUUUCUCUCACCGAAUGGUUUACCUUUUAAGCAAUGCAAACAAAUUACAGGCAUACACGUAACCAGUGGCUGUCAAUUGAAGCGAGAACCGGCAGCUAGGCAAACAAACAAGGCAUUCCAACCGGCGAAAAAAUCGAUCGGACUUCCAGUGGAUCAGUUGUGACGUGUGACACAUCCGCGAUUCGAUUGACCACCAGCACACACAGAUUGAUUCAAUUUCGAUUUCGAUUCGAACCAAACCAAUCCGGAUCUGAGUUCCCCAGAAUCUGCGAAAUCUGCCAGCCUGGCGGUCGCUGGAGUGUGACGUGCGACCCACGACCCGCAGAUAAACACACAUACACACCAGUAGAUGCUGACGAUUCCAGCUGGGCCCGUGCCCGAUGCUGGACACGCUUGUUGGACACGGCUGCUCGACACGGGUGCUUUGCUGUAGGAGAGCCAGCCCAGGGCUUCCAAUCCCACCGAAUCCGAUUAGCCAGCUUCACACCAAUGCCUCUGCAGCGGUAGAGACGCAGCGCAGCAGACACCCACCAGCACCACCACCACCCACCAAUUCCUCCCCUACAAGAAGAUGCGAUCGCGCAAGGUGCUUCUGGUAGUCGGCUUUCUGGUUACGUGGACCUAUGCCACCUACUAUCUGCUGUUGCGCCACACGGGCGUCAGCACCAGCCGGAAUCAAGCGCAUCAGGCCUACAAGCUCAAUUCGCAGGCACGCGAGGCCAGCCAGCAGAGUCACCAUUUGGCUCAGAAUGUCUUCGAGUUUGUCAAAAUGAAGUACCUGGAGAAUCAGUCACCGUCGCCGGCCUCCACGCCCCAGAUAAGCAUCGUUGCCGCCGAAAUAUCAGCAGAGCUGCCCGAGCAGCUGGCGGCCAAGGCGCCCACGGCACGCAUUCCGACGAAAACAUAUCUGGCCAACGGCGAGCCCGUCUUCCCAGUCCUGGUCUUCGCCUGCAAUCGGGUGUCAGUGAAGAAGUGCAUCGACAAUCUGGUCCAGUACAGACCCAGCGUUGAGCAGUUCCCCAUUAUAGUGUCACAGGACUGCGGCGACGAGCCCACCAAGGAGAUAAUCCUCUCUUACGGCAACCAGGUUACGCUUAUCGAGCAGCCUGAUCUCAGCGACAUCACCGUGCUGCCUAAAGAGAAGAAGUUCAAGGGCUACUACAAGAUAGCCCGACACUACGGCUGGGCAUUGAACACCACCUUCGGCGUGGGCUUCGAGUUCGUCAUCAUAGUCGAGGACGAUCUGAACGUGGCGCCAGACUUUUUUGAGUACUUCCUGGGGACGCAUAAGCUGCUCAAACAGGACUCCAGCCUGUGGUGCGUUUCUGCCUGGAACGACAACGGCAAGGCUGCCGUAGUGGAUGCAGCGCAGCCGGAGCUGCUCUACCGCACCGACUUCUUUCCCGGUCUCGGCUGGAUGCUCACCAAAGAGCUGUGGGGCGAGCUGUCGGUCAAAUGGCCCAAAUCCUUCUGGGAUGAUUGGAUACGUCAUCCGGCCCAGCGCAAAGAUCGCGUGUGCAUAAGGCCCGAAAUAUCGCGCACUCGCACGUUUGGAAAAAUAGGCGUAUCCAACGGUUUGUUCUUUGAUAAGUAUCUAAAGCACAUUAAGCUCAGCGAGGACUUCGUGCAGUUCACGAAAAUCAAUAUGAGCUACUUGCUGAAGGACAAUUACGAUAACACGUUUCUGCGACGCGUAUACACGUAUCCCAUUGUUACGUACGAUGAACUGCGUCGAAACCUCAUCAGAAUUGAAGGACCAGUUCGCAUCCAAUACACUACUAGGGAGCAAUACAAGCGGACAACCAAGAUGCUGGGGCUGAUGGAUGACUUUAAGAGCGGUGUUCCUCGAACUGCCUACCAUGGCAUCGUCUCCUUCUACUACAACAAACGGCGCGUGCACUUGGCACCGAAUGCCAACUGGAAGGGCUAUGAGCUCUCUUGGAGCUAACGACGCUAAAGCCUGAACAUCGCCAACUCCACCUCCUCUACCACACAGCUAGCUCGUGUGCUUGUAAUACCAAAAAAUAGCCCUAUGAAUAUUUUAUUUUUGUUUGACCAAUUAGCUAAGUUGUAACUAUGGAAUCUCCUCGAACAGCAAUUGCUGUUUAUUGCCAUCGCGACGGGCGGGGAGUUUGGAGAUCGACUCUUUGAGCAGUCAUUGGUUUCAUCGAACUCCCUAACCUGCGGCCUACUGUUGGCGUAACAAAAUCAAAUCAAAUGAGUCUCCACUAUGUAUAGUAGUUAACCGAACUGUGUGUGUGGCAAGAGCCCAAAAGUGUUCCAUUCUAGCACGCCACACAAGCAACGCAAUGAAUUGUAAAUAAGUCAGUGUCGUUCGCUUUUGUUACAGCUCUCUAAAUCUCUCAAUUUACCAUGUUAAAUUGCAUAUAGUUAUAGCAAUGGUUAAGUUAUGGUAUUCAGCAUGUAACUCUUAGCAUUUAAGUUGAUCCAUCUCGAGUUCUAACGCUAACGGACGUGUAAUAUUUGUGAUUUGUGAUUUUUAAUUAAUUAAUUUACAUUUAUUAAUUGUUGAGAGCCAGUCAGUAAACGAUACCCGACCCACAAUGUAACAUAGAAUAGCAAUAACUAGCGCUAGAACUAGAACUAGGACGAGAACUAGACCAGUGUUGGGCCACAAGGGGUGAGCCAAUAAUCCCGGGCAGGUCUGAAAGUGUGCCACUCUCAGCUAGUUGUAAUGGAAUCUACACAGACGAGACAUGUACUCUACCCCCUAUGACUACCCUUUGUAUGAGCAUAUUUUUGUGUGUGAGAGACGUACGGAACAUAAAUUCUAAAGAUUAAA